AUGUUCGUUCAGACCAGUUUCUUUGGAACAGGUGUUAAGGCUUCUGCAAAGUCUGCAGAGUCGCAGCGGUGCUUGGCACACUCGUCCUGGAGCGUCCGCAUGACAGGGUACGAUAUGAACGGGAGCAGCGCGGGGAACCUCGGACCGCGGCGCAUCAAGUCAUCUGGCGUUGCGAAUGAUCGCCGCAUGUUUAAGGUCUCGUAUGUGCUGCCCAGUCAGUCACGUGUUGACAGCGGUCGCGAGUUGCAGAACGUUGCGACAACGAAGAUGGUGCCGUUCACUUCCUGGUACAGCGAGCAGCAGCGGAUCAUGAAGAUGGGCGGGCGCAUCACCAAGGUCGAACUGGCCAGUGGUGUUCCCCAACGCAACGUCGGCAACACUUAA